AUGCAAGAAGCUCCCUAUUUGUCCCUGCUUCCUACUGAAUGCACAGAUUUAGAAGAUCUGAACACCAAUGACAGGUAUUUCAGAAUUUCUCUGACAAUUAAUAUUGUCUCCAAACAUUUUUACCAGCUUUAUCGGCAUGGUGACAGAACUCCUAUUUCAAGUUUUCCCAAAAAUACAGUCAGAGAAAAUACCUGGCCACGUGGAUAUGGACAACUGACUAAGACUGGAACGCAGCAGGCAUAUCAACUUGGGCAGUGGUUAAAAGAUAGAUAUAAGAAGUUCUUAAGUCCUUCAUACAAGCCAAAAGAGAUUUAUAUCCGAAGUACAGAUUAUGAUCGAACUCUAAUGAGUGCUGAAGCAGUCCUGGCUGGUCUCUUUCCUCCUUCAGCCAAAGAACACUGGAAUCCAGACAUUCAUUGGCAACCUAUUCCAGUUCAUACUGUGCCCAAAUCAGAGGAAAAGUUGUUAAAAUAUCCUAAUUUUAGAUGCCCAAGUUUUAAUGGAUUACUACAACAGGUCAUACAAGAAAUGAAAACCAAGAACGAACUGAAAAAAUAUAUGGCACUGAUACAAAAAUUUGCCUACAACUUGGGAUAUGACAUAAAAAAACUGUUGGAUUUUCCAAACAUGUUACUCUGGAAAGCGUAUGAUACUUUGAAAGUUCAGGAAAUUCACAAACGUUUUUUGCCAAGAUGGGCUGAUAAAAAGACUAUGGAACAGAUGAAAUUUCUGCUGGAAUAUUUGGUAAAUGCCACUUUGGGGGGAGAAUUAAAAAAUGAGAAAUCAAAACUACAAGGAGGUAUCCUUGUGAAACAUAUUCUGGAAAAAAUUAUCAACGCCACUAAGUACAGGGAUGGAUAUAAAAUGAUAAUGUAUUCAGCACAUGAUAUGACAAUCAUUGCUCUCCAAACAGCACUUGGUGUUUACAACCAGUUAUUACCUCCUUAUGCUGCUACCCAUAUUUUUGAGCUAUAUAAAGAAGACAAGGGAGGUUAUACUAUUGAGAUGUAUUAUCGGAACAGCACUGCUGUUGAACCCCAUUUGCUCACUUUGCCAGGAUGCACAAAGGCUUGUCCAUUAAACAAGUUCCAACACCUGGUUACUCCUAUUUUACCAACAAAGGAAUGUUGA